UUUUGAAUGGGAAUCCGCAUUUUAUUUCCAUGAUAUUCAAAUUUGAAAAUAAUAUUAUGGGAUACUUCCAAUUAAGCCAAUAAAGCAAUGUUUGAGUGAUCAUUCUUGGAGGGUACUCUCCAUAAGCGGUCGUUAAGCGUUCUGAAAUUCUUUAUCUCCUUGGUUACUACGGAUUUGAUGGUUUCACGUCAAUAUCCCUAAAAAAUAGGAGAAAGAUUUCAUCAAAAUCUUCCAAUAUGUUCUGUUCGGAAUCUGAUAAACCUAUUGAGAAAACUUCAGAAUUUUAUCGAACGUGCAAUCUUCCGAAGAGGUUCGAGUAUCCAUCUUGGUUUUAUGGGUAUGGUAUUCAACGAUCUCCACCCGUAAAUCCGUUCUAUAGGACGACUUCAAGUGAUUAUGGAAGGUAUCCCCCAACUAUACACAGCGUACCAACUACUUUUUAUCCGAAUGUGCAGGAAUUCACAAAAGUUCUGGCAAGGGCUGGUAACUACAGGAAUUAUUCUUUGAAUGUAGGCAUAGAUCCUUCUGUGGUCUGAAGAACUGAUGCCUAAGCUGUUACGAAAUUUUCAUGGAAAUUUGGACCUUCACAAUAUUUAUAUCAAUUUAUUAUAUGUACUUUUACACUUUUUUACAUUAUAUCAAAAGCUUCUAUGGUGAACAAUGUGUAGUCUUUUUAUGUGAUAAUGAAAAAGUUUCUAUGCAAAUGAUAUUCAUUAUCCAGAGUAGAAUUGUGCUGAUCGAUCCAAUUUUUUGUAGAAUGUAAUUUCAUGUACGACUAAACUAUCAAAAUCUACAA